AAUGAUUUCUAUUUAUCUCUCUUGCUUAUUUAUUGCAUUUGCCACGGCUUUACCUAGAGUUGAUAAAUAUGACACUAGUCUCGAAAACUAUGAAAUAAUGGCUGAAAUAGAAGAAUAUUUACUACAAUUUUCCGACUAUCAAAAGCCCCAAGAACUCACUAGUUUCUGGGAGAGUGACUCAUACAAAGAUUCCUUGAUUGGAGCUAAAAGAGAAUUGGGAUUGGAGGAAAAUACCGAAAUUACAAGUGAAUUUCUUGACUUAAUUAGACAAGACAGAUGUGGAAAUUCAGAAUCUAAAGAAUCUCUUGCAUUUAGCGCUGUUCUUAAAUGGCCAAAUAAAAACGACAUAACUUAUUGUAUUGAUUACGAUAAUUUACAUCCAACCAUCCCGGUUAGCAAACAAGUUGGAAUUUUUGAACAAGGUCUAAUAGACUGGAAUAAAUAUGCUAAUUUCAAAGUUAGACGAGUUGCAUUCCCUAAAGGAUAUACAAAGUUUUGGAAAUUUCAACUUGCUUGCGGAAUUGCUUUUAGAUUUGCUCCCAAAUAUCACGACUAUAUGCACAGCGGUUCAAACUAUAAUUUCGAUGGCAGAGGCAAGGUUCUUGCUCAUGCUACUCUUCCUCAAGAUGGAGAUAUUCACUACGAUAUGGCUGAACCAUGGGCAACUGAUGGAUCAUCCGGAACCAAAGACUUAUACUCUGUUACAAUCCACGAACUUGGUCAUUCUUUGGGUCUAGCUCACUCACGAGAGAGAUCAGCCGUUAUGUACCCAAUUUAUGGUUAUAAAAAGAAGAUAUCUAGUGAUGAUAUCAACGGAAUUCGAGCCCUAUACGGUUAA